CAGUCGAGCCUUUCAAACCCAAGUCGGUGGGUGUUGCCGUGUGGUGUUUAAAAUUAAAAUCACAUUUAUUUAUUGUUGGUUUUAAAAAAUAUUGCAAAUACACAAAUUGAACCAUUGCAUAAAUGUUCGAUUAAUCAAAGGCCUUAAAUUAUUUUAAAUAAAAAAAAAGGAAUCUUCAAACGAAGUUCCAACAUUGCUGUUCGCUGGCAUUGUUCGGUGAUUGUGUUUUGUGUUAUUAUUGUGAAAAUCCCAGGCCCGGGUGUGGCGAAGGCGUUUCGAUAAAAUCCCGUCUCCGUCUCGUUAGUAAACCAAUUUUUUUAUAUAAAAUCCAGCGAAUUAUCCUUCACUCGGGGGAGGAUAGCUAACGAAGAUUCUAAACAUCGCGCGUCCUAUUUUUAUUUACUCUUUUACCUGAAUGAUACCUCUGCAAAAGCAAACAGUUUAAGUUCUGUUCUGUUGGUCUAAAAAGAAGACGAAGUAUUUCAUAUUAUUUUAUUUUUAAUAUCGACAUUUCUGCAAUUCAUCGCGGUUCACAAAUCCCACACGCAAAAUGCUCGAAGAGUUUCCCAUCCCGACCCAAUCUGCUGCGGAUGAAGACACUUACUAUGAUGGCAGUCGGACAUUCCUAUGGCUGGCUGACCUAUCCGGGCUAUCUGUUGAUCUGGUAAACUUCAUACUAUGCCAAAUAUCAGCUUUAUUCCUGGCUUCGCUCUUCCGAUCAGUGUUACAUCCUUCCAGGGUAUCUUCCAUCGUUCGACACACAUUUGGCCUUUCAAUAGGUCUUGUUUUCGGAUACAUUUGUUUUGGACAACAAGCCAUUCAUAUAGCCGGACUUCCAUCAGUAUGCUAUCUCGUAAUACGCACACAAAAUCCUGCGGUUGUUCAAAAGGCCGUCAUGAUAGUUGCUAUGACCUAUUUACUAUGUAUACAUUUGCAUCGUCAAAUCUAUGACUACGGUUCGUGUUCGUUGGACAUAACCGGACCUCUUAUGGUUAUAACCCAGAAAGUUACUAGUCUGGCAUUCAGUAUACAUGAUGGUUUCCUUAAGGAACAAAAGGAUAUGACUAAAGCUCAACAAUAUCACUCACUACAAAAACUUCCAUCAGCACUCGAAUACUUUUCUUAUGUAUUGAACUUCCAAGGUCUGAUGGCGGGACCGUUAGUUUUCUACCGAGACUACAUCGAAUUCAUUGAAGGAUAUAAUUUGCUCAAGAGUCCAACAUCAAAUGGCAAUUUGGAUAAUGGAAAUACAAAGGAAAUAAUCAUUGAACCAUCACCAACGAAGGCUGUGAUAAAGAAAGUUAUUGGCAGCAUGGUUUGUGCCUUUAUAUUCAUGAAAUUCGUCAAGGUGUAUCCUAUUAAAACGCUUAAAGAUCCUGAAUAUAUAUCAAAUACAGCUCUUCCUUACAAUUUAUGGUAUAUCAUGAUGUCAACAACGAUUAUACGUUUUAAGUAUUAUCAUGCAUGGUUACUAGCUGAUGCUAUAUGCAAUAAUGCAGGUUUAGGAUUUGCUGGCUAUGAUAAGGAUGGAAAUUCUAAAUGGGAUCUCAUAACUAAUAUUAACGUGUUAUCAUUUGAGUUUGCAUCAAACUUCCGUGAUGCAAUUAAUAACUGGAAUAUUGGAACAAACAUUUGGCUCCGAAGCACAGUUUAUGACCGGGUACCCAAAAAGUACGGCACUAUGCUUACAUUUGCUUUAAGCGCUGUUUGGCACGGUUUUUAUCCCGGAUACUACCUGACAUUUGCUACUGGUGCAGUUUUCGUCACAGCUGCACGAUUUGCUAGGCGUAUGUUCCGCCAUAGAUUCCAGAGGACACAGUAUACACGAAUGUUCUAUGAUAUUUUAACAUGCUUGACAACUCGUAUUUUUAUGGGUUAUGCAACAUUUCCAUUUGUUCUUCUUGAGUGUAUGGUCAGCGUAAGAUUGUACCUGAAAGUUUUUAUGUGCCUUCAUAUAAUUGCAAUUGCUACUUUUACUAUAUUGCCAAAAUUACUUCGCGGCGAUAAACAUUCGAAAAUACCAUCGAAUGUCACAUCAGAUGUUAACAAUUGCAAUAUAAAUCAAAAUCAUCAUCCGAAUAAUCAAAUAACAAACAAUGAUCUCAUCCAGGAGAAGUUGUCAGCUAUUGCGGCCGAGACGGAGUUGAAUACCGAAUCAGCUGACACUUCAGACGAUCCAUCACAUACAAUUGCUAAAAAACGAUUAAUUUUAUCUCCAAACCGACAAGCCUCUACAAAUAUACCAACAGCUCUUGCUGCAAUCAGCAUCACUCACGAUCAAUGCGAAAUGGAUAAUUUGUCUAUUAAAAUCAAAGAGAAAAUCGAUAUGGAGGCGAAAAAUAUCGAGGAAUUUAUUGAUAAGACUGUUAACGAAACGGUGUCUGGUAUCGUUGAGUUUAAAAACGAUUUAAUGCGCGACAGCGAUAAGAUAUUCAUAUCAAAAGAUGGUAUUCGUAAACGUAUCAUUGGUGCUAACGAUAACAAAGGUGGUUCUGAACGUGUCGAUGCAUUCCUUAAAAAGGAAAUCGAUGCAAUUAAUGCUGUUGUUCAACAGGCAAAUGUUUUUCCUGUUGUUCUAAGCAAUGGUCAUGCAAAAUAGUAUUUAACGAAACAUGACUUUUAUUAAAAAAAAAAAUCAGGACCAUACAAAUGCUUAAAGAAUAAACCUUUGUUGCUGUUCAAGCUCCCGCUUUACAAAACCUAAACAUUAAACAUACUAAUUCACAAACGCCUUUUGCCACACUACAUAAAAUACCUUUUUAAAUAUAUAAAUAACAACAAAAUACACAAUUUACUUACGCACGAAUAUACCUUACAUAUAUUUACACAAAAAGAUAAAACUAUCACACUGAUUUUAAAUAAAACGUCGUCGCAGCAAUGUUUUUAUACAACUUCGAGAUACAAAAACAAACAAACAAAAAAGAAAACAAAAUGAUAUUAUAUUUAUUUUUAUUUUUUACAAUGUUCUACAUUUUCACAGAUUUUUAAGCUAACGAAAAACAUUGUACUAAAGAGAACAAAACAAAAGAAACAUUUUUAUCGAUAAAAGUUAUAAAAAUAUACAUAUUUAAUGAUUUAAACAAAAAUGACAAAGUAUGGAAUUUCGAAUUUCGAUAUCGAACGUAAUUUAUUUAUAUUUGCUCUUCCUAUUUGAAGCUUUUCACUUAAAUUAAUUAAUUAAUUAGACUUGUCAAGAAAACAACUUGAGCGCUGCAUGUCCUUUCUGAAUUCUAUGAUAUUUACCUAAUUCUUGAACGUUUGUUUAGAUAAAUUAUAUUGAUAAGCUUUCGUUGGCUUUGUUAGUUGUCAUAACUUAUAAGCAAAACGUGGGUCAGCAAACAUAGACCCAAUAAAAACACAUCACAGUAGCAGUAAGGUCCCAAAAAAGAAAUGAGUUCGCUACAAAUUGCGGAUGAAAUCCCAAUUUCGUUUCGGGUUUAAUUCUGCCUUUUAUCUCUAGUUUUCAUUCCCCCGUAUGAUGAACUGGACAGUUGUACCAUGAUCUUUAAUUUAUUCCAAAGCAGUUUCCACUUACUUGCGACAAUUUAUUUGAUGAAUAUAUUUUAUUCGAGGUAGAAAAGUUGUUAUACCGAGAUAUCCGUGGUUAACAGAUUUGUAAAAUAAAAUUUGUGUAAUAAAAGUCAACCGUCUUACCAGUAGAAAAUGCACAUUUCCUUUGGAAUAGUCGUACAUGGAACGUUUGUAAUGUUAUAUAUUUUGGUUUACGCAAAACCUUGCACCGAAUUCAAGUCCAAAAACAAAAAUAAAAUAUGCAAUGCGUAGAAUAUGUAAAAUGAUUAUAAAAACCGUGUUUUUUUAAAUUGUUUUUAAUAUUUAAUAGCUAAUAUUUGUUUUUAUUUUUAAGGAAUAUUUUUUUAAAUCUUGUCUCCAUUAAAAGGAACAGCUGGAUACCAUUCUUUGGAUGCAGUCUUUUUUCACACAAGUUCUUUUAUUUUGUCUUUGUUUCAAAAACGAAAAAUUUCCAAGAUAUAGCUUUCGUAGGACUAACUGCGGAAUUAAUGUUUGGCAUAAUUUGGAUUUACCUAAAAUACAUCGUGGAUAAAAGGAACUGUUACUUGCCUUAUUUCAUUUAAAUCCAUCUACAAAAAUUUUCACCAGCACGUUUUGUGGAUUGUAUUAUAUGGCACAAAGGAGUCAAGAUAUGGAACAAUUGGAAUUUCUUAAAAUUUUGAUGACCAUAUAAUUUGAAAGUGAAAUUAGGGGUGUAAAGAAACUAUAAGGAACUUCACUUUAAAAGAUUUAGUCGACUUACAACAAAAAAGUUAAAUUGUCAACAAUAGACAAAUUAUAGCGAAACAUGUCUUCAAAUUAGUAUCAUAAAAUCAAGAUUUUAAUUUUCGAUCUUAUCAUUCGUAUCAAACAAACUUCCUAAAGCAACAAUUUAAAUUGUGAAUAGAACAUCACAAGGACUAGAAGCAUGCUAAUUUUCGAUAGUUUCUAGGGUUUAAAAAAAAGAUCCAAGGCCAGCUGUAAUUUUGAACUAAAUUUAAACUGUUAUUAAUUAUUAUAUCUAACUAUUAUAAAUUAGCAUGCUUCUUGUUACUAACAAUUUGCGAACCUAUUAAUAUCAUAAAAUGAAGGGACUCAAGCAAACCAACAAAUUUAUUAUACAAUUUAAUUAAACUUUAACUCUAUUUGUUAAAUUUUUAACAAUGAGAAAUACAACACAGAAAAUAUGUACAUAUAUGUUUACAUAUAAGUGAGAUCAAUAAAUUUAUUGAUUAUUGGAAAAUUUGCCAAUUUUUUAAAAAUAUAAACAAAUUUAUACUAAAGUAUAUAUUGGUGUACUUUAAAAGUACAGACAAAUUUGAAUUUUCAAAUCUAUUGAUGUAUAGUGUAGGUAAAAUACAAAUGUAUAUUAUUUAAUAAUAACGCUUUACUUGUGAAAAGUUAAACUUAAAUAAAGAAAAUACUUUAUAUAAGUGUAUGUAAAAUUGUGAACAAAAAGAGCAUAUUGAAAACUAAAAAAUGAAUUUUAUUAAAUUUUGUGUUAUUUAAUCACUGACUGAAAAUAAAAAGAAAAUAUAUAUUAAAAAGA